AUGCGGUCCCUAAUCAUCGGUCUGCAGCUCAUCUCAAUGGUAGCAUCUGCUGCCAUUAGCAUCAACGCCCGUUCCGUAGCCGAGGAUUUGCAAAACCUUGUCUCGACUUCCUCCGUGGCCGUCGAAGUUCGAGAACGUUGGAGUGACUUCGAUGUACCUCUGCCAUCAGUCAUUGUCAAUGCGACAUCCGAGAAGGAUUUGAGUGCUGUGGUCAAGUACUGUUCAACAAAUAACAUCGCUUUCCUCCCCCAGAAUGGCGGCAAUGGUUGGGCAACUAAACAAUUCAACCUGGGCAGCAACGGCGUCCUGAUCAAUCUCGCCGGCUUCAACCAGGUUAAUAUCAGUACCGACAAGAAAACAGCUACGAUUGGUGGAGGAGCGCUCAUUGGCGACGUCGUUGCUGCUGCUGACGCUGCAGGUGUUCUGGUCCAAACAGGCAAUUGCAACUGCGUCGGCGCUCUUGGGGCAGCCCUGGGCGGUGGAUAUGGCAAUAUUAUGGGGGAACACGGCUUUGCCGUCGACAACAUCUUGUCUAUGCGCGUAAUCACUGCCACUGGAGAGGCUCUGACAGUUUCAAGCUCAUCUAACCCAGAUCUUUACUGGGCUCUGAGGGGCGCAGCACCCAACUUCGGCAUCGUCACUUCCGCAACAGUGAACUCGUGGGCGACAGCAAGUCGUACAUCCUGGAUCAUGUCUUUGACUUUUGACUCCUCAAAGAUCGCCGAUGUGGCUCAGACCAUCCAAGAUCUUCCGUUGCUCCCGGAACAAGUCGUAUACCUGGUACUCACAAAUUCCGGCGACUCUUCGAACUCGCCAAUGGUUCUUGUCACUGGUUUCCUACGCGAGGGAACCGAAGAAGCUGGUCGCACCGCCUUUGCGCCUCUGUACAACCUCGGACCCCUGACCAACUCCAGCGUGGUAACUCCCUACCAACAAUGGAACGCCGCCAACGACAACUUCUGCGCCCGCGGAGGACGCAAACCGACAUACAGCACAACCAUCAACAGCAUGAAGCCGGAAACGUGGCCUGAGAUCUGGACUCUAUACACCGACUUCCAAAACCAGACAGGCGCACAGAAUUCAGCCGUGCUGAUCGAAAGAUACAACCUGACCACGGCAAAGUCAGUUCCCUCUGGGUCGGCAGCUAUGCAAGACGAGCUCCGCCAAGAAGCGUUCGCGCAGGCGAUUGUCAUCCCAUGGUAUGAGGAUGCGAGCCUCGAUGUUCAAGCUCUGGAAUUCGGCGCAAAAGUCCGAGAUGUCUGGAGUUUCUCCCCUAGUGCCACCGUGAACCCGACGUAUAUCAACUUUGCUCACGGGGAUGAGGAGCUGCAAGCAAUCUACGGCUCAAGCUUGGAUAGACUCAAGACCUUGAAGAAGAAGUUCGACCCUUCAGGGGCGUUUGGUCAGUGGUUCAAGAUUGCGUGA